AAGACAAAGGCAGACACGGAGAUAGAGCUUUUUAAUGUAUUUCUUUUUCCAGAAAUCUGGUAUGUCAAAUGGGCUUUAGUUAUGAUCUCCUUCUUCCUGGCAGGCGGAGGGUAUCAGGUGGUGUUCAUGUAUGUCCCUGAACUGUUCCCUACGAUGGUGAGGACGAAGGGGUUCGCUAUGGUCACGCUGGCAGGAAGUCUCGGACAGUGUGUGGCACCCAUUGUGACUGACCUGCUGGCGCAACAGACGUGGUGGGCGGUGAACGUGUCUCUCGGCUGCGCGGGGAUGGUGGCCGGCCUCUUGGUACCCGCCCUUCCCGAGACCAAGAGCAUGCCACUCCCGGAGACCAUCCAGGACGUGGAGGACAGACGGAACAACAACGUUCAGCAGCGAACGGAGAAACACAAAAAGGCGCUAACUGUGACCGACUUACAACACUCGCACGUCUGAGGACUGGUGGAGGGCGGAGGAAGAGGCAGAGGAUAAGCUGCAGGCUUGGCGGACGGAAUUCAAGCCGUUUUAUACAACUGUCUUAUGCUUUGUCUUACACCGGCAGGCAAAGAUGUUUAAGUGAAGAUAGGGUUAUGUCAGAUCAAUCUUAUUAACAAGGUGUCAAGAAGCAGGAUCGGAAGCAGUAAAAAGUUUCUAAAUAUCAUGAGAAUAUUGGCAAACCCGUGUUUGAAAUUAACUAUUGGUACUGUCAAACAUAAUCACUGGCACAACCGGUUUAUUAAUUAGUUUACUGUGUAAUAUGUCAUAUAAAAAUAAGAACAAA